UUAUAAUAAAACAUUUUUUACAAACACAAUCAGUUCAGUUUAAAUUUUUAAGAAUUCUGACAAUCUUUUUUCAAGGUCUGAGGUGUCUAUUUCGCACGUGUUGCGUUACGGAGACUGCGACUAUGAGGUAGGAGAGGGCGCUUUUCUGGAUAAUGUUGCAUCUGAUAUAGAGUUUGUUACUGGAACAACUGGAUACGUUCUGCAUUCAUCGUUUUCAACAGUCACGGUUAUUGGUGAUGAGCUGACUCGAAACACCUCUGUUGAUAAUGGAACGCCAGUAUCCCGAGACGAUUAUGACGAGUUUGUUGGUGGUGAGAAACGGUUUUACCGCUACAAUAUUUUUUAUUCUAACUUUGAUGGUUUUUUCUGGUUUUCUGCUAAAGGACAAUAUACUCUUUCUGUGUGCACUUGUGGAGAUGGUCUCGCUGUUGGAUAUACACCUCGUAUUUCAGUCCCUGUCGAUUAUCUUCCUACGACACCGACACCCCCAUCAACCACAACAACAGCAACAACAACGGCGUCGGCGAAUCCGUCAUCAAGCACUAAG